AUGGAGUCGAAUGACCCUUCUCAGCUCCUUUCAGGAGUUCCUCCAUGUAAUGUGGAUAAACUUGAGAUUAUAAACAUCAAAAAGUUCCUCCUAUCAAGAUCCAAGGAGAUAGAUGACAUGUUUAAUCUACUAAAACGGGAUAAAAAGCAGGACAGAGCAUUUCAGAGGUUGCCUUUCGUCAUGAGAAGGCGUGCAAUGUCUCAUAACCCUUUUAGAAUCCCAAAGUCUAUUCGUAUGCACGUCGUAAGGGAGAUGGCAAAAAACAUGCCAAAGGCAGCUAAACGUUUGAGAAAGGAUAAACAGGGGAAGCUCAACCGGUUAGAAGAAUAUCAACAAAGAUGUGCAAAAAACAAGUGGUUAGAAACACAUAUUUAUCAUGCGAAACGAUUCAAGAUGACAAAUAUUUGGGGAUAUAGGUUGGCUCUAACGUCAACUCAAAAAUCUAAGCGUCGCUUUAUGAGAUUUACAAAAAGACGUUGUGUCAUACAUGAUCGAUCGUACACAAAAAUAAUCGCAAUUACUGGACAAGUGGAUUCUAUGAAAGAAACAUUUAAACAUGUUUUUUUAGAUUCGGAAAUGAUAUUUAUAGAUUCCUACCUCUCAGGAAUGGUUCGUGGUGGAUGUUCAUUUGCAUACUCUACUGAUAAGAGUAAUCCUAAAUUGAUAUCACCUGUAAACUACAUAUGGAAGCCCUCCGAUGGAGGAAAUCGUACGAUAUGGUUUUUUGUACAUCCCACUGCUUGUGAUCAAUUGUUUGAUAUUCUUUCCAGCUUCACCAACUUAUCCACAAAAAUGAUCGAUGAAAUCGUUAUUUUUGAGCUCCAUGGACCAUUGUCAUCCUUAUUUUUAAAAUCCGUAUUGAAAAUAAAUUCCAACAUCUCCAAGGGCAAUAGUCUCUGGAAGUCUUUGAAUCCCGAAAAUAUCAAACUGCCACCGUCUUUCAUUCUUCCCUUGUUAAUAAAGGUUCCGGAAGUAUAUGGUAGUUUUAGACCAGGGUUCAAAAUCGACACAAUGAAGAAGAAUCCAUUUAUGGAUGAAGACAUAAAUAUUCCAAAUUUGGAUGAAGAACGGGGAAAGCUGUUUGAUUACAAAUCUGAUAAUAAAGUGGAAACUAAAUCAAGAUUUAAUGUGCCCAGGUUGCGUAGGAAGAAUUAUCCUAAACUUGUUGAGAAAAUACUGAAAUUUUCCAAUAUACAGUAUCCUAAAUCUGGAAAUGAGACACAUUUUGAGGAUGAAAAUAUGGAUAUAGAUGGGGGUUUAGAGGAUAAAGAACAGGUGAUCCCCGUAUGGGUAAUUUCUAGGUCAUCUCCCUUGAUUGGAUUUGAUUUAUUAAUACCUGCUAAUUCAUUUUCAAGCAGAAUUUGGACAUUGCUUAAUCGCUACGGGGCAUUGGGUUUAGGAUUAGAGGAUCGUGAAAUGAUAAUGAAUGAAUUUGAUCAGCCUACGUUUCCACAAGAUUAUCCAGAAACAGAUGCUGGUUGGUUACACUAUUCUAAUUUAAAAAAUGAUGAAAUAACCAAAUAUUUAGUGCGACCUGCAGCAAAAAGACCAAAUUAUAGCCUUAUUGGAAUAGAUGACCCGUUCACUUUUCCGGUUAAUGACCACAAAUUUCUCAAUUUAAAGAUUUCACCGGAUUUGAUACCAAAAAGCAAUUUAGGUAGCUUUGACGGAUUUAUAUUAAAGUCUAGACACAUUUUACUCGGAUGUAUAACAUCCGGACUCUAUCAUUGCCAGGAAAACCAAGAUUUUGUGGUGAUAAGACCAACCACGGUCUCUACACAUCCCUAUAGUAGGUACAUUAUAAGGUUGGUAAAUUCGAUACAAUCAAGGAUGUAUGAUGCAGGCCCUAUCAACGAUAUUGUUGAUUAUAUUCCAAGCCGCUAUUAUGUGUCGGCAAAGGUUUCCCCCCUUUCAAAGGGAUCUGUUGAAUUUCUCGACAGGAUAUAUGCAAUGGAUCCAAAUGAUUUCAAAUUAUUUAGCAAACAACUACUCCGUGAUUUGUGUUCCAGAAAUAACAUAAAUUUCAGUUCACAUUGCCCCAAAUUAACCGAACCAAGACACGACGAGUAUCAAAUUUCUAAGCUAAAAGUCUCACUUUACGGGGAUCUAAAAAAUUGCAAAUUGGAUGAGGAUAUCGCAGUAAAAUUUCUGAAUGAUUUAAACAACAAGGGACUCAAGAAUACUAGGGAAUGUAUCGGUUUUGUUACCUCAAAAUGUAUGUAUACAUUUAUUUACCCUGGAUAA